UUAAGUGCAGUCGAGUGUAAACCAAACAUGAAGUGCUAUACCCUGUUUUUAGUUAUAUGCCUGGCGGUUAGUUUGGCCCGGGCCAGGCCUGCCGAGGAUGAUUCAAAGGCGGAGACUCUGCGCCUGGAAACCGAUAACAAUGGCAUCGACAAAUACUCCUUUAACUACGAGACCAGCAAUGGCAUCGCACGCAGCGAGGAGGGCGUGCUGAAGCCGGGCACUGGAGAUGCCGAAGGCGUGCUCGCCGUGUCCGGCUCCAGCAGCUGGACGGCGCCCGAUGGCAAGAAAUACGAGAUUACCUUCACCGCAGACGAGACGGGCUACCAUCCCAUCGUCAAGCUAGCUGCCUAAACAGAGCCACACACGGGCCGGCUAACAACAAAUGGAACAUUCCCAAAAACCAAACAAAAAAAAAAAAUUCCAAAUAUACA